AUGCGAAACACGGGCACACUGUUUGCCAACGAUCUGCGCCGCGACCGAUGCAAGGCUCUUGUGGCAAACGUGCACCGCUUGGGCUUGACAAAUGUCGUAGUGACCAACUUGGAUGGCAAGAAACUAUCGAAGAUGUUGCCGCGUUUGGACCGUGUUCUUCUCGACGCGCCGUGCACAGGUUCGGGAAUCAUUGCCCGAGAUCCGUCCGUGAAGGUGAAGCGAGGCCAGAAGGACUUCGAGAACCACAGUCGCUUGCAAAAGGAGCUGCUUGCGGCGGCCAUUGACAUGGUCGAUGCAGGCUCCAAGACCGGCGGGUACGUCGUCUACUCAACCUGCUCAGUAUCUGUGGAGGAGAACGAGGCUGUCGUGGACCACGCCCUGAAAACGCGAAAUGUCGAGUUGGUGUCCUUCACGAGCUCGGUCAGCUUUGGUGUGGAAGGAUUGACGAAGUAUCGGGAGCGACGCUUUCAUCCAUCGUUGAACCUGACACGCCGCUACUACCCCCACGUGCACAACAUGGAUGGCUUCUUCGUGGCGAAGCUGAAGAAAACCUCCAACAAAGUGCCGGAGCGUGCAAAGAAGGAUCGCGCAAAGGUCGAUGACAAAGAAUGGGGUGAGGAACACUGGACACCAGCCUUCAUGGAGUCCGUGGUAGAUUUCGAGGCGACGAGCGGGCAAGCUGCUGGAACCAAGAAGACCGCGCGUGAAAAGAAGAGGCAACAUCGACAGAACCUCAUGGAUGCGCGUGGGUUCCAACAGAAGUACCCACCGCGCAGUGAGUCUGCAGGCAUGGCCAAUGAGGCGGAGGAGCCUCUCAGCAAGAAAAGCAAGCUCCGAGAUAAACGAGAGAAGCGAACACAAGGGCAGCCCAACAACGAGUUGCUUGACGCUGCCAACGAGCAAAGACCACGAAGACCGGUGCUUCCGAACACAGCGAAGAAGGCAAAGAAGGUAGUUAAGAAAAAAAGCAACGGGAUGGUGAAGCGGCAAAAGGCUGAGGCCAAAGAAAGUUGA